AUGACGGUUCCUUCGGCAGACGUCUCUAUCCUCCACAGAGCAGAUGGCUCUGCAAAAUACUCGGCGGCAGGAUACACGGUGGUGGCGGCCGUCAAUGGUCCCAUCGAAGUAACACGCCGUGAUGAGCUGCCCCAGCAUGCUGCUCUGGAAGUCAAUGUGCGCCCCGCUGUCGGUGUAGGCAGCCCCAAAGAACGUCAUCUCGAAUCGCUCAUUCACUCGACACUACGCGACAUUGUCUUGACCCACAUGCACCCUCGCACCUUGAUUCAGUUGACUCUGCAAAUCGUCAACACUCCCGAGCAAGAGAACACUCUUCCUGCUUCUUUCGCCCUCUCACCUCUUCCAGCUCUCCUUAACGCCUCUAUGCUCUCUCUGCUCAGCGCAAGUAUUCCCAUGAGCAGCACCUUCACCUCGACACUCAUGGCUGUUUCAUCCUCUGGCGACUUGUCCAUCAACCCUGCUCCCAAGGUCUUGCUUACCGCCUCUUCUGCACACGUAUUCGCUUUUUCAUCAACUGGAAACCUCGUUCUGGAUCUCAGUGAAGGAGAGUUUGACAUGGAUACCUGGGAGAAGGCACAUGACAAAGCAAAGGAGGAAUGCUGCAAGGAGCAGCUGUCGGAAGAUGCUAUGGAGGAGGGAAAGCCCAGCUUGCAGGCCUUCAUGGAAAGAGUCGUCGAGGCCAGUGUCGACAAGCAGAGAGCCUGGAAGAACGGCUAG